AUGUCAAGCCGCUAUGAUUCAAGGACAACAAUCUUCUCGCCGGAAGGACGACUUUAUCAAGUAGAAUAUGCCCUCGAAGCUAUCAACAAUGCCGGGACAGCCAUCGGGAUACUUGCGACGGAUGGCAUAGUGUUGGCAGCCGAGCGGAAAGUCACAAGCAAGCUCUUAGAGCAAGAUACUUCAGCUGAAAAGCUGUACAUACUGAAUGAUAAUAUGAUCUGUGCCGUCGCUGGCAUGACCUCUGAUGCGAACAUCCUCAUCAAUUACGCCCGGCAAGCGGCGCAACGAUAUCUCCUGACAUACAACGAAGACAUACCGUGUGAGCAGCUCGUCAGAAGGCUGUGUGACCUCAAACAAGGCUACACGCAGCAUGGAGGUCUCCGGCCAUUCGGUGUAUCCUUCGUCUACGCCGGCUGGGACCCCCUGCAUCAAUUUCAACUGUAUCAAAGCAACCCAAGUGGGAAUUACGGUGGUUGGAAGGCCACAAGCGUGGGAGCCAACAAUGCAAGUGCCCAGACGCUUUUAAAGCAAGAUUACAAGGAUGAGUGCAACUUGAAAGAGGCUUGCGAGCUCGCAGUCAAAGUACUCAGCAAGACAAUGGACUCAACAAAAUUGAGCAGUGAGAAAAUUGAAUUUGCGACAGUUGGGAAGACAAAAUCAGGCAAGGUGUAUCACCAUUUAUGGGCGGCAGACGAGAUUGAUGCUUUGCUGAAAGAGCACGGAAUUGGAAAGCAGGAGGAAGCAGACGACGGAUAA